AUGGGACCCGGUUUUCAUGAUCAGCCCCUCUACUACUGUACUUGUAUUAUCAACCUCCCCAAUGUCAAGUCUAAAAUUUCUGUCUCUAUAAUCUCACCAGCAACACGUAAGGAAUCGGCAACGAACCAGGAACCGAACCGUCACAUCCCAGCUAAGCAGCAGGGAAGCCAAAGACCUCAAGGUGCGGGAGACAAAGAUCCUCUGCCUUCUCGAUGGUUGCUCACUACAGUUAUCCUUGGGAUUCUCUGCCUGCUUUUGUUGAUAGCAACAGGAGUUUUGGUUUCCAAGGUCACUCAGUGUGACGGCCAGCAGAAAAAUCUCACCCAGCAGCCGAAGGUUUGCCAAAGCCAACCCACAAACCACCAAGGGACUACGCAGGAGCUGCCGAACAACAGAGGGGACAAAUGUCCGCUACGGUGGAUACAGUUCAGUGACAGCUUGUACCUCUUUGCUGCUGCAACCAGAACUUGGGAACAGUGUCAAUCCUACUGCUCAUCUCAAUCUGCCCAGCUGCUUAAAACUGAGAACAAGGAAGAGAAGAAUUUCAUACAACAAGAAUCAUUUCUUUAUUUUGAUAUACGUCAAGGCUUUAAAUAUUAUUUCCCUUUCUGGAUUGGAUUAUCGUAUGAUUCCAGCACCAGGAAGUGGGUCUGGGUGGACAGCACAGCUCUCUCCUCUGGCCUGCUUGAAAUCUCAGUAGCCAAAAACCAGCAUUAUCCGCGCGGCGCUUGUGCCUAUAUCCAAGCUGGGAAUUUCAAAGCUGGAGGCUGUGGAGAAACUCGAUCCUGCCUUUGCGAGAAGAUGAAGGAUUUGACAAGAACUUGA